AUGAAGGGCUCUAUCUUCGCCGCCGCCGCCAUUGUGGGCUCUGCCCUGGCUGACGGUAACCUCCACCGUCGUCAUGAAGCGCUUCACCAGAAGCGCGCCGUCGCCGUCCCUGGCUCUGCUUCGGCCUCGCCCUCGGCCUCGACUGCCGCUCCUCUGGUCCCCGCUGCUGAGGAGACCUGUGGUUGCACUACCAAGGUCAUCACCUACUACGGCUCGCCGACUCUGGUCCCCGUUCCUCAGACCUCCACCACCGAGGCCAUCGAGUCCACUGAGUCCACCAGCACUCUCACCAGCACCAUCCACUCCACCAGCACCCUCACCAGCACUGUGACCGUGACUCCCUCCGUGGCUGCUACCACCUCCGUGGCCCCGACUACUUCGGCCACCCCGGCUUACACCCCCGAGGUUUCCACCGUCUACGUGACUCUGCCCACCAACGGUGUUACCAGCUUCUCCUCCACUGGUACCUACACCAUCCCGGCCACCACCAUGACCGUCACCGACACCACCACUGUCUGCGGUGCCACCACCACCGCUCUGACCAGCGGUACCAACACCGUUGGCGAGGUCACCACCAUUGUCUCCACUGGCACCGUUGUGACCUGCCCCUACGCCACCGUCAAGCCCACUGGUACCACCGUGACCAGUGUCAUUGAGUACACCACUUACACCUGCCCCGUGGCCGGCACUUACACUGUGGUUCCCGGUACCACCACUGUCGUUCCCAGCGACACCACCGUUGUGGUCCCUACCGCUUCCACCAUUACUCCCGGUACCUACACUCAGCCCGAGACCACCCUCACCAUCACUGAGACCGACACCACCUACUACUGCCCCUACGCCACUAGCACUGGCCUGGCCUCCACCUCUGCUGUCCCCACCCCCGCUGCCGCUACCACCACCGUCGCUGCUGUUUCCACCACCAGCGCCGCCGCCACUGCCAGCAGCACCUCCAGCUUCAGCGGUUCCGGCAAGUACGGUAUGACCUUCUCUCCCUACACCGACAGCGGUGACUGCAUGACCCAGGAGGAGGUCACCAAGAACGUCAAGGUUAUCGCCGACAAGGGCUUUAACCUCCUCCGUAUCUACUCCACUGACUGCAGUGGUCUGGAGUUCAUCGGCAACGCCGCCAAGCAGUACAACAUGAACGUCAUCCUCGGUGUCUACAUCGAGUCCACCGGUACCUCCGGUGCUCAGGAGCAGGUUGAGGCUAUCGCCAAGUGGGCUCAGUGGAGCAUGGUUGAGCUGAUUGUUGUCGGUAACGAGGCCGUCUCCAGUGGAUACGUCACCGCCGCCGAGCUCGCCAGCUUCAUCUCCUCCUCCAAGUCUACCUUCCAGUCUGCCGGUUACACUGGCAAGGUCACCACCACCGAGCCCAUUGACAUCUGGCAGGAGUACGGUACCGCCAGCCUGUGCUCGCCCGUUGACCUGGUCGGUGCCAACAUCCACCCCUUCUUCAACGCCGACACCACCGCCGCUGAGGCCGGUGCCUUUGCUCUGAGCGAGUACAAGCUCCUCGAGAAGAUCUGUAACAAGGACGUUCUCAACCUCGAGACUGGCUGGCCCAACGCCGGUAACGCUAACGGCAAGGCCGUCCCCGGUGUCUCUGAGCAGGAGACUGCCGUCAAGGGCAUUGCCAGCACCAUUGGCUCCAAGUCCAUCUUCUUCUCCUACGCUGACGACACCUGGAAGUCCCCUGGUGAGUUCGACGUUGAGCAGCACUGGGGAUGCGCUAGCGUCUUCUAA